AUGACUUGCUUUCCUUUCCCUAAGAAAAUCACAUCUAAAAUUGAUUCGAUUCAGAGAGUUUUUUGGUGGUCGAAGAAAAACCCAAGACGAGCUGCUUAUUUUCGUUCUUGGAAUGAUAUUGGUAGAUCAAAACUUUGUGGUGGUCUUGGUAUUAGAAAUUCGCAUGCUACUAACAGAGUGUUUAUUGCAAAGUUGGGCUGGAGAAUUUGUAGAAACCCAGACCAUUUAGUCUCUAGAUUUCUUAAAGAUAAAUAUUUUCGUAACCAAAACUUGUUGGAAAUAGAUAAAGCAGCUGAUAAUUCUUCUUGGAUUUGGAAAGGUAUAGUUAAGGGUUUGGUCUUCUUAAAAGAUAAUAUUGUGAGUAAGAUUAAUGAUGGAUCUUCUACAAAAAGCUGGUCUUCAGUUUGGUUACCUUGUAGUAAUUCUCCUCCGGUUUCCAUUAGUCCUAAUUUUAAUGAUUACACUUUUGUUAGUGAACUUAUAGAUGUUCAGAAUCACAGCUGGAAUAUUGGUCUUCUAAAUUCUUUGUUUGCUCCUGAUGAUGUUAUUAAGAUAAGGUCUCUAAGAUUAAAUAUUAAUGAAAAAGAUAGUAUUAUGUGGGCUCAUACAAAUAAUGGUGAUUUCACUGUUAAGACAUCUUAG